AUGGCAACUACAUAUUUCCCACUAAGGUGGGAGAGCACUGGGGAUCAAUGGUGGUAUGCAUCCCCAAUAGAUUGUGCUGCUGCAAAUGGUCACUAUGACCUGGUUCGUGAGCUGCUUAAAAUUGACAACAACCACCUCUUCAAGCUCACCUCAUUGCGCCGAAUUCGCCGCCUUGAAGUUGUGUGGGACGAUGAAGAACAGUUCUGCGAUGUUGCAAAGUGCCGUUCACAGGUGGCACAGAAGUUGCUUCUUGAGUGUGAGUCGAAGAGAGGGAAGAACAAGAACUCUCUCAUCCGCGCAGGGUAUGGAGGGUGGCUAAUGUACACUGCUGCAUCAGCUGGGGACUUGAGUUUUGUGCAACAGCUUCUUGAGAGGAACCCUUUGUUGGUGUUUGGAGAGGGGGAGUAUAAUGUCACUGAUAUCUUUUAUGCUGCUUCCAGGGGUAAGAAUUGUGAGGUUUUUAGGCAGGUUUUUGAUUUUGCAGUUUCUCCAAGGUUUGUCACAGGGAAAGGUGGGGUUUUGGAGGAGCAUGUUGGGGAUAUUCCUCCUGUUUACAAGUGGGAGAUGAGCAAUAGGGCUGUACAUGCCGCUGCUAGAGGGGGUAGUGUGGAGAUUUUGGAGGAGUUUCUUGCUUGUUGCUCUGAUUUGUUGGCUUAUAGAGAUGCUCAGGGCUCUACUAUAUUGCAUUCUGCCGCAGGCAGAGGCCAGGUUGAGGUGAUUAAAUAUCUCACAUCAUCCUUUGACAUAAUAAACUCCACAGACCAUCAGGGAAACACUGCUUUGCAUGUGGCUGCUUACAGGGGGCAAUUAGCUGCAGUUGAGGCUCUAGUUUCCGCAUCUCCUACAUUGAUCUCUCAGAGAAACAAUGCGGGAGACACUUUCCUCCAUAAGGCUGUGUCUGGUUUUCAGUCAACCUCAUUCAGAAGGUUGGACAGACAGGUUGAACUUUUGAGACAGUUAGUAAGUUGCAAAAAGUUUCACAUAGAGGAAGUCAUAAAUGUAAAGAACACUGAUGGAAGAACUGCACUCCACAUUGGCACAAUAGGGAAAAUCCACAUUGAUCUUGUUAAGCUCUUGAUGACAGCUCCAUCAAUCAAUGUGAAUGUGAGUGAUGUUAAUGGCAUGACCCCACUUGAUUACCUUAAGCAGAGUCCAAACACAGCAGCGUCAAAUGUACUGAUCAGGAAGUUGAUUGCAGCUGGGGGAAUGUUCCACAAUCAAGGCUAUAGUUCAAGAAAAUCCACAGCUACACACAUGAAAAUGCAUAGUUUUGGAGGCAGUCCUGGAACAUCAUUUAGAAUCUCGGACACUCAGAUAUUUUUGUACACGGGAAUUGAGAAUGCGUCAGAUGCUAGUACUGAUCAGGGAAGUGCAGGAAUGAGUUCAUCUUCAUCAGACCAUACUGCAUAUGACUCAGCAGCAGAGAACAGACCCUCCACAACAAGCAAAAGGCCAUCGGUGGCCGCUGGGUUGAAACGAGUCCUUCAGUGGCCACUGGUGAAGGACAAGAAAGCUGAGGGGAUCAGGAAAUCAAUGGAUGAGGGUUCAGUGGACUCAUGCAGGAAAUGGGACAUCACAGAUGAAAUUCCAACUCCACUCAGACAAAAAUUCUUUAGGCAUUCAGCACUUCCUAACAACAAAAGGAACCUAUCUGUGAGGAGUUACCAGUCAAGUCCAAAUGCUAAGAAGAGAUUUGCUUCAGGACUGGUACAUGUGAAGGUUUCAAGAAGAUCAAGCUCUAGCUCAUUUUCUAUAUCAUCAUUGUCAUCACCUAGAUCAAUAGAUAAGCUAAAAGGAUUUUGUGUUGACAAUGAUGUAGCUGGACCAUCUUGCACAAGUCACCAAAAUGAUAAAUCAACAAAUUCAGGAAAGAGAGUUUCUGUGAGCAAAAGGGUAAGGGGCAAUUAUUUCUGUUUUUCAAAAGCCUCAGUAGACAGGGAGCAAGAAAGCCAUUGUUACAAGGACCAUGACUAA